AUGGUUUCCAUCACAGAGGACAUGGUUCGCCAGCGAGCGGAGCACAACGAUUGCGAGAUAUCGUCCUUGGAGGAAGUUACUCUGCAUCAGCAGGACAUUGAGAGGAUCGAAUACCUGGACAGGUGGUGCAGGGACCUGAAGAUCCUCUACCUGCAGAACAAUCUCAUUGCCAAGAUGGAAAAUCUCAGUCGCCUGAAGAAAUUGGAAUAUUUAAAUUUGGCCUUGAACAACAUUGAAGUAAUUGAAAACCUUGAAGGCUGCGAGAGCCUCCAGAAGUUGGACCUAACGGUGAAUUUCAUCGGCUGUCUUAGCAGCGUUCACUCUCUGAGACACCACAUCCACCUCAGAGAGCUGUUUCUGGUUGGGAACCCCUGUGCUGAUUUUGAGGGCUACAGGCAGUAUGUGGUAGCCUCUCUGCCACAACUUAAGUGGCUGGAUGGGAAGAAGAUCAGCCGCUCUGAGAGAAUUCGAGCGUUUCAGGGUCUAGAUGAGGUGAAGAGACGGGUGUUGGAGCAAGAGGAGGAUUAUCUGAGGACGAGGGCAGAGGAGAAGGAGGUGGCAAAUAGGAAAGUUGAAUUGAAGGAAAGAGAAUGCAAGGACAAGAAAGCAGCUCUGGAUUUGCAGGAGAACAAGGAGAAUCGGGAGGUACAGGUGAACAUGAAUGAGGUGACAAGCUGCGACUUGAAUGAGGAGCAGGAGGAGAGAGAGUUCUGGAACACACCGUGUUCCUUUACCCCUGAGUCUCGUCUGGAGGCUCAUCGCUACCUGGAGAAGAAGAGGGAGAAGGAGAAUGUGAAAGAAAAAAAAACAAAGGCCCCAAGGACUCUGAUCACUGCUGAUGGUCGAGUCAUGAACGUCAAUGAGCCCAAGCUGGGAUUUUCUCUAACUGAGGAUGAAGAAAACAACGCUAUUGUCUUACACUUGGCUGUGUACAGACAUAUGGACACCUCUGUGUUGGAUGUAGAUGUCCAGCCAACGUACGCCAGAGUCAAUGUCAAAGGAAAAAUAUUUCAAAUGGUUCUGCCUGCUGAAGUGAAGCCUGACAGCUCGACAGCUAAGAGGUCCCAAACCUCCGGACACUUGGUCCUUACAAUGCCCAGGGCUGAAGGUGAGAUCAAAGUGACAAAAACUGUCCCAAAUCCAGCCAGAGCGUGUCCAACCAGACGCAGCAGUUUGCCAGAUGACAAUGUGAGAAAGAGCAAUGCUUCUGAGCGCCUGGAAGUUGACCCUAGCGCACAUCGGGUCCUUGACCUCAGCAGCAUCGUACCACGUCAGGCCACCAAAGAGGGUCCGCUGGAAUGCUACAGAUCAGCUUCACCUGCCACCGCAGAUUGCAACAGCUUCUCUGGAGAGUUUGUGGAUGACCCAGACGUCCCUCCGCUCAUAUGA